CAGCUUGCCACCAUUUCCUCCCAAAAUGAAUGCUCGAGGAAAAGGAAUAUGGAUGCUGACGUUCUUUUACUAAUAUUGGAGCAUGUAGACGUGAGAACCCUUUUGAAAGCUCAGCUAACCUGUCGACUAUGGAGAAGAAUUGCUGCUGCGACGUGGAAGGCGCACUGCCUUCGUGAUUGGCCAGGCCUUCGCACAAAAGCUCAAAUCAACAAGAGGAAAUAUCCUAGCCAGUCAGAAGGGCCACUUUUGGAUGAAACUUCUUCCAGUAGCGGACUUGAGAGCUGGUCGGAAUAUUACCGACAGAGAUAUCGUGAGCGACGCAAACAUCUCUUGGAAGCCAGAUGUUCUCUUGUUUACAACCUGGAAGUUGAUCCUGGAUCCCAGUUUCAAGUUUCACCGAAACAAGAUGAAUCACCAUUUGAAGGCGACGAGCGGUGGAAAACGCUGUUAUAUCCGUCUCGUCAUGCGAAUGCCUACUUUUGCAAUAUCCACGACUCUAUAUACAGCUGUCCAGAUUAUGCAGAAGAAUUCAUCUUGGCUCGACGCUUCCUUAUAUCAAUGCUUUAUCAAAUGAGGCUCGAGGGAUGUGAAACGAUGAAAGUAGAUCGAGUUGAACCAACCGAUCAUCCAUGUCUUGUACGAGUCGUGCGAAAUCGUCAUCCGGAACAUGCUCAAGAUGGCAGGACCUCUUUUCUUUGCUUUGUUGAGACUAUGGAAAUUGUUGAUGUAGACGCGGAAGGGGACGUCAAAAUUUGGUACAGAAGACUGAUGGACUGUGACCACAGUGGGAAACCAAAAGAUCGCGUGCGAGGACUGGAUCGAGAGGGCUUCUUGGAACGGUUGCUUGAAAAGGAACAGACCAUUCUAGAUCAAUAUCCCCAUGGAAUGUCUCAAAGGCUUUAUGGAGAUCCCAAAAGGUUCCCCCUAGCACGACGUUAUGUCUUUCGAAAUUCAAAAGUUUCCUUUAUGCAAGGCGAUGAUGAGGAUACACCUAUACGCCCUUGGCUAAAUCCGCACUCGCAGGUAGCCAACCUCGUUGCACCACGGAUAUACGGUAGUAGGGAAGUCUGUCUUGUUCUUUCAGGAUUCGGACACCAACGUGUUCCUGUUCUCUGCGAAACAGGGCAAGAACUUCCUGAAGAUUAUGCAUCCCCAGAUGAGACUCAUCUUGAUCGACCCACUUCAGCAAUGUGGAAAGUCUGGUUACGGCAUGGAUGUUGGUCCUUGCCACCAGAAUUUGAAAGUUGAUGAAAAAAGAUGUGUGUUCGCGCGAACUGCAGAGAAAAGAUACAGUAAGCGAUGGAGUGACAUCAGGAUGACUCUUGUCUGCCAUGUAGAUUUUAAUAGCAGCUGCUUUGGUUAUUGUUUCACCUAAUCAUUUUCACCAUCAUCGACAAUGAAAUAUAAAACUGUCUUCUCAUUUUGGGACUACAAAAGCGGCUAUGGGUCUUUUGAUUCUGUUGAAUGAUACUAUAGGUGAUGCAAGGCCUGU